CACUAUCUUUUUGAAUAUCUGAGUGUUUCAUGACACCGAUGGUUAAAUCCAAUGAUAUGGUACGUGCCCAUCCCUGAAACAGCCAGUGUUGCCAACCAUCACUCAGAUCUGUCAUACCCGUGUGAAAAGUAGCAAGAACAAGAAAACAUGUUGAGCAUCACGGCCCGUAACCUGGCAAGCGCCCUCCGCAGCAGCCUCGUCGGCACAUCGUCGCGCGUGGCCGCCGUGCGCUGUCUGCACGGAACCGAGGAAUCGGCAGAGGAGUUCGACAAGCGCUACGAGAAGUACUUCAGCCGUGAGGGCAUCGACGGCUGGGAGAUCCGCAAGGGCAUGAACGAUCUGCUGGGUAUGGAUCUGGUGCCCAGCCCCAAGAUCAUCGAGGCCGGUCUGCGCGCCAGCCGUCGCGUCAACGACAUUGCCCUGGCCAUCAGGUGGCUGGAGGGAUGCAAGGACAAGUGCGGCGACCAGAAGGCCACCCUCUAUCCCUACUUGCUGGAGAAGAUCACUCCCACACUGCAGGAACUGGGCAUCCCAACCAUCGAGGAGCUGGGCUACGACAAGCCUGAGCUGGCCCUGAAGUCCGUGUACGAUGCCUAAGCGGAGUACUCUAGUUUACACACACAGAACACAAUAUACACUUUACAGCGACACUAGCUACCCAUCCAAUGUAUGGUGCGGAUGAACAUGUUGUUGGAUUACUAAUAAAUGGAGAUUGGAGUAAGGCUACCACACCAGCA